AUGCAGUCCAGUGAUCGAAAACGAAAGCGGCAGACCAGUUUAAACCCCCCCAAGAGAGUCACCCGGGCCUGUCAACGAUGCCGUGCUCGUAAGUACAAGUGCGAUGGUGCUCAACCGUGUUCUACAUGCUCUGCCGCUAGUCACGCCUGCCAAUAUGAUCGCUCCUUCAGGAAAAGAGGAUUGGUGGAGGGAUAUGUUCGGGGGCUUGAAAGACUGCUCGGUCUAGCUAUAUCAACCCAGCCCGAUUUUGAAGAGCUGGUUGUUUCGAUCUUGAGAAACCGAAGUGAUAGCAACGUUCGAAUUAAAUCUCCAACACACGGUUGGAUUGUUGGCCGCAACAAGGGGAUCUUACUUGCGUCAUGGAAAGAGAGCGAGAUAUUAGGGAAAAUUGAAACUCUGCUCCCUGCUCUUGAAGCUUUAGACGCGGCUCCGGAGAGAAUAUCGAAGCCCAACGAAGAGGAUGGACUGGCCACAGCAGAUGCGGAGCGGUGUCCUCUCGAGGACACUGGCCCAACACAGGGUACAGUCGAUUUGAGUGUUGAAGAGACGUUUGAUGCCACCCAAAUGCUUUUUCCGACUACGUUUGACACGGACAACGUAACGCAAGCUGUUCCCAACAGUCCCGUAAUGGGUACGGAGACACAUCGCACCGAAUUAGCCCCCGAGCAUUUCUCAGAGUGUCCGCCUGCCCUUGCAGCACCUGUCAACAAAGACCCUUCGUCUUCUCACCCGAUAAUACUCCCCGAACUUCCAAAACGAGCUGCGAAGCUUCUUCAAGACUAUUUUACCUCCACGCACUGCUGGCUUCCUAUCAUUGGAAAACAUGAUACCUUCAAGCUUUCCUAUCAAUAUAAAGGAAAAUCUAGUAUAGUUGCAACAAAGUCCUCUUGUCCCGGUGAAUUUGCGGCUCUCUGGGCCAUUCUUGCAUAUCAAGCUUCUUACGAAGAAGAAUAUUUACAUCGGCCUUCUGACGGAGUCAUUCGACAAAGAGAGUCUACCAAAGCCUUAUAUGUAACCGCAAGGGGUCUCAUACCUUCGGAGGACAUGGAGUUUGAGCUUGGUCAUGUUCAAGCGCUUUUACUCCUGACACUAUACAAUGCUCGACUUGGUGAAUGGAGCGCUGCCUGGUUGCUCUGCGGGCAAGCUAUCCGGGUUGCAUGUGAUUUGAAUUUGGUCAAGUCUUGCUCCUCAGCAAAGCAUGCAGGGCAAUCUCAACAGAACGGCAGCUGCAAUCGAAUAAAAGCUGUGGUAUUCGGAUGUUUUAUUUUGGAAACAAUACUAGCUGCACGCCUGGGAAGGGAACCGCAUUUUCGAUGCAAAGCCCUCCAACCUGUUGGUCUUCUUGCAGAAGAUGGGCCCGAAGAAUGGGAGGUGUGGCAGUAUUCCACUGCAUCACAGGAUGAAAACAUGCCUCUGAGUCCCUCGUUUUUAUUAAGCACGUUCAAUCGCCUGGUUGAAGUCACGCAAGUUUUGAAUGACGUUUUGUGUGAUCAGUCCCGUCUGCACGAACGGCAAUCAGGUAUCGAUGGCUACCAUUCUCGGCUGUCAAAUAUCAAAGAAAAAUGCCGACAGACAUAUUUGCCGAAUUGGAUGCAACAUGCCAUGCCCCAUCAAAGCAUUCUACUGCUAAUGUGGAUGGUUACUGCAAGAAAAAUAGGAGACCAAACAUCCCAGUGCCAGCCUCAGUCAACGUUCGACGCUAGAAUACCUGGCAUGAAGGACCUCACCGUACAGCUUCAGAGUUGUGAUAAAGCGUUCCAAGGUCGCGGGUUGCCUCCAGUCAUUGAGUGUUUCGCAUAUGCAGUCUUGUGCGAGCUGAAUUUACGACAUGAAACCUCCGAAUCAGGUUUGUCGCCGGAAUGUCAGCUAUUGAAAGCGACUCUAUUUGAUAUUACGUGCGUUGGAACUGGGCAAGCUUUCCGGACACUACAAGAAGGACUACGUAACUAUAGCGAGUCACACUAUCGUGGUGUUUCUGACGACAUGGCGUAUGCUGCACGUGCGCUACUCGACUUUCCUACUACUGCAUCAAGGCGUGCAAGCUCACCGACUGCUUCGCAAUACCAACCUAACAAUACCGACCCUCUUGUGCCAACCUCAUCACCACGGCCAUCUCCGUGCCUUGGUGAAAGUGACACCCGACAUGCUCCCCAUUGCCAAGAAUCUCCCGUAAGAACUACUACACUGCCUUUGUCUGAUUAUGCCUGGGAUACCUCUAUUCCUGGAAGUAAUAACAUUGACGAGGUAUUUCUUGGGCUUGCCCAUCUGGACAUAACUGAAUGGUAA